AUGGCUUCAUGCGAGAUACCUGUUGGUGGCGAAGAAAGGAUGCAAAAGAGAAGAAAAGGGCUGGGGAAGACAUGCAUCAAGUGUAAACGAGACGCGGGGGCGCUUGUUCUCCGGGGGCUCGUCUACUGUCGACCGUGCACAGAGGCACUCGUCGUACAGAGAUUCAGAAAGGUUAUAGAUGACCACAUACCUCCGAAUAGUGCCUCUUCCUCGAUUCUUGCCAUCGCAUAUUCUGGAGGACUGGGCUCUACGCUCCUCCUGGAGCUGGUGGCAAAUAUAUUGGGCUCGUCUUCGACACGCUCUAGAAAGCACAGAUGGGAUCAUAUUGACGUCAUCUACGUCGAUCAAAGCGCUAUCGAAGACCUGAGUGGUUAUCAAGGGCCAAGCUCAGCAGAAGUACAACGGAUUGUCACGUCUUACCCCGAUUUCCGUCUAACUCAAGUGCCUCUUGAAGCGUGUUUUGACGAGGGUAGCGACGUACAACCAUCCAGAUUACUGCGCUCUCACAUACAAAGUAUACCGACUCGUACAGGCAUGGUGGACAGUAUCAACCUACUGACGCGGAGAUUGCUCGAACGCACAGCCAAAUCUCUGGGUGCCACUCAUCUCAUACUCGGUCGAAACAUGUCUAGUCUCUCCAUAGCUCUCCUUUCGAACAUUUGCUCAGGGCGAGGUGCUUCAAUAUCGGACGAGACAGUGGCAUCUUGGAAUGGCCUUCUCAGCUUCAAUCCAUUGCGAGAUCUGGGAUCCAAGGAGUGCGCCAGCUAUGUAUACUGGAAGAAUCUCAAAGUGAUCUCGAGGGUAAAUAGCUUGGAAGAUUGGAGUGGGACCUCGGCGAGUAUCUCCCAUUUGACAAGAGAAUUCAUCACCGGCCUCGAAAGGGAUUAUCCGUCCACGGUCUCGACUAUCACAAAGACAUGCGCUAAAGUCAGCCCCAGAGGCGACCGCCCGAGCCAAUGUUCGCUAUGUUAUAGACCGAUGAAGUCUGCCACCGACGAAGAUAGUCAACAACAUGCAGUUGCAAUACUCGCCUCGAGCCCCAGGGAUGCUCCCGGUACCUUGUGCUAUGCAUGUAACGUUCUCUUCACAAGCUCCAACAGCAAAUCUUUAUUCUCAGGUGGACUGGAAGUUCCCAUGCCGAUAUGGAGCUCGCGUCCAGCGGACCUGGAGUGA